UCGGCAUGGAGUGAUUGGACCAUGAUGCAUGAAUCUAUUGACUCUAAAUGACCUGAUCAAAUUAGAAAAACUGUCGGCCAAAUACUGAUACAAUGCUGCUUGUCAGAAAAUGGAUUUUCCUGAAUUCAGGUGCUUUGUUCCAACUUUCUCAUUUUCCUUAUGCCAAACUUUUUCUAUGUAACUGUUAUUCAUUCCUCUUCAGAACUGAAAACUGGUUAUUAUCCAACAUAAGGCAAAGUCACAUAAUACACAGGGCUGCUCUCUCAUUAGAGGCAACUGGUGGUGGUUUUACCUGAUGGUCACUAUACCUCAGGAGAGGAGAGAGGUUGGGAAGGAGAGUCCUCCAAGGAAACCUCAGCCUGUGCAGGAGUUUGAACCCACACUUGUUGUCUCAUUCUGUAUUGCAGUCCAUCCAAUGUAAUAUAUUGAAUUAAGCAUCCAUUGGAUUUUUAAAUUCUCUGAUAAUGACUAAAAGUACAAUUUUGAAGUUGCCAUGAGGGUCCCAUGUUUUCAACCUCACCCCUUCCCUGAGGUGUGUUGACUGUCAGGUUAAACUUUCUCUCGAGACAGUGGGACAAAGGCAACUUUAUAUUUCCAUCCAAAUAUUCAACAUGGCAAAUGCUCUGGCUAAUGCCAUGUGUGAGCGAUGUAAAAGUGGCUUUGCACCUGCUGAGAGAAUAGUGAACAGUAACGGAGAACUGUAUCAUGAGCAGUGUUUUGUAUGUGCUCAGUGCUUCCAACAAUUCCCAGAAGGACUCUUCUAUGAGUUUGAAGGGAGAAAAUACUGUGAGCAUGACUUUCAGAUGCUUUUUGCACCCUGUUGUCAUCAGUGUGGUGAGUUCAUCAUUGGCCGUGUGAUUAAAGCUAUGAACAAUAGCUGGCACCCAGAGUGUUUUUGCUGCGAUCUCUGCCAACAGAUUCUUGCUGAUAUUGGAUUUGUGAAGAAUGCUGGCAGACACCUUUGCCGUCCAUGUCAUAACCGUGAAAAGGCCAGAGGUCUGGGAAAAUAUAUCUGUCAGAAAUGUCAUGCCAUCAUUGAUGAACAGCCUCUUAUAUUCAAGAAUGAUCCUUACCACCCUGAUCAUUUCAACUGUGCCCAUUGCGGGAAAGAAUUGACUGCUGAAGCUCGAGAGCUGAAAGGAGAAUUAUACUGCCUGCCGUGCCACGAUAAAAUGGGUGUCCCUAUUUGUGGUGCUUGCCGACGGCCAAUUGAAGGACGUGUAGUUAAUGCAAUGGGAAAGCAGUGGCAUGUGGAGCAUUUUGUAUGUGCCAAAUGCGAGAAACCUUUUCUGGGUCAUCGCCACUAUGAAAGGAAGGGUUUGGCUUAUUGUGAAACUCACUAUAAUCAGCUAUUUGGUGAUGUUUGUUACCACUGUAAUCGUGUGAUUGAAGGAGAUGUUGUAUCUGCUUUGAAUAAGGCCUGGUGUGUUAACUGUUUUGCCUGUUCAACUUGCAACACCAAGCUGACACUGAAAGACAAAUUUGUUGAAAUUGAUCUGAAACCAGUCUGUAAACAUUGUUACGAACGAUUGCCUGAAGAGUUAAAACGGCGACUUGCUAAACGAGAAAGAGAUGCAAAAGAGAAACAGAAAAAGAAAAAAAUGAUGGAUAUCUGCCUAAACAAGUUUGUAGAGUUUGAUAUGAAACCAGUUUGCAAGAAAUGCUAUGAGAAGUUCCCUCUGGAGCUGAAGAAAAGACUGAAGAAAUUGGCAGAAAGUACUGGACGGAAAUAAGGAGCCUACUCGUGGUUUACAGUCAAUAUGUAAAGUAGCUCUUUUAAAUUCAAACAUUUUUCUAAAAUCAAGUCAGCUGAGUACAUCUGGAACAAUAUUCUCAAUGCAAGUGAUUUAAAGCCAAAAGACAGUGCUAAAGAUUAAUUUUGGGAACAAAACUUAUGACUUUAUCCUUACAGAAGCAGACCUAUAUGGUCAACAUACUAUCAAAAAGUAAACCCUAUUGGAAAAUCUUUGCCCUCGAGAUGAAGUUUUCCUUGUUGCUUUUUUAUUGCUCUCAACAGCUCGCUACGAGUUAUGUCAGAGCAGUAUUGUGAUUCAGCACGAACAAGGUUUUUGUACAUUGUACCUCUUCCUUCCAACAGGGAAGUGCCUUAUCAAUGGCCUGACUAAUUUUGUGAAUUCACUCAGAACCCAAAUCGCACUAUUCUGAUGGCAUGCUGGUCUGCAUGCUACAACAGAGUUCCAUCUAAAAGUGGAGAAUUGUAUAAAUCUUUCCUCUAAAAUGGUACUGUUUUAUUGCAUUUUCAGAAACAUUUUGGUACAUGCUGUUACAUCUCCACGUGCACACCAAAAUAUGAAAAUGUGAAGUGACACUGAUUUUGUUCAAACCCAUUACAACAUAGGGAAUUAGUGUCUAAUCUGCUCAUUUGUAGUAACUAAGAGUUUGGCAAAUUAUAUCCUUAUCUACUUAAUACCUUUACCCACAGCAGUUUUGAGUAUCACUCAAAGCUUAAUGUUAAAAUAGCUUUUACUUAAUAUGCUUCACGCUAAGCCUACACUACAUAAAGUAUUCAAGGCAAGGCUUCUUUACUCUUCUCAUUGUAUAUGAUUGUGAAGUUAGACACUUACAAAAAAUUUAAAUCAAAAUUCACAGUUUCACAUUUCUUCAGUCAUUCUAAUCUUUUUUCAAUAUAUAUGUUCUAAUAAUCUAUAUGCAUAAACCUUUACUAUUUUUAUACAGUUUGUAACCACUAUAGGGUGUUGAUUGUAAGCUGCAUUAUUGCCAGAUAAAAUUCCAUUAGGUAGAAAAAUUGGUUAGGUCAAGCUAAAUUACCAGUAUCCAUUCAAAAAUAAAGGAUUAUAGACUAGGUGACUUUAAUUUUUAAUACUGUAAUAAACUAAAACAGUUAGAGGUAAAGCAGGAAAUUCUUACACCAAAUGCUAUGUGGUAGCUUAUUUCUACAUUUCUCUAUUCAUUUCCACCUUUAUUCAUCUUCACUGUAAUAGCUACAAUAAUUAAAUUUGACAAAUUAGCUUUGAUUGCAUGAGCUAUUUUUAAAAACCUGGUAAAUCAAUUUAGUAUUGUUUUUCGUAAUAUAUUUAGCAUGGUAAAUACUGUAAUACAACACUUAAUAUGUGCUAUGAUUUCCCUACAUGUACUUGAAAACAAAAUGGAUCAACUGCGAUAUUAUUGAUAGUCUGUGAAAAGUAUAACAUUGUCUCGAGAAACUUCUCACAUCUUAAAGAAAUCUGUGACUUUACAGUUACACCUUACAGUUCAGCAUAGAUAUUUUACAAGUCAUCAAUAACAGAUGCAAGUUAUGUAGUGUUUUAUAAAGUUUAAUUUAAAUAUUAAAACUCUUGGACACAUUAAUAGUAUUCAGUAACGUUUUUUCCAAACAGUUUGCAGUUUAGCAUUUUUCUUAAUUCUUGUAAUAAAUGUUGGUGCUAAGUUUUGAGAUGGGGUAAAAUCUGAAAACAAGUUCAUCUCAAAUGUCAGUUCUAUAAUUACCCACUUGUAUGUUUUCAAAGUAGUUAAAUGGUAACAUCUGCAUUUAAUUUCUUGAAAAUUAAUGAUAUUUUCCAGUGCGAUGUAAUGGGAAACAUACUAAAUUUGUGUUAUCUUAUUAAAGAAUGUAUUUCCCCCUGUAUACCAUACCUAUACAGUACUCCAGUAUUACAUAAUAAAAUUUACAUUAUAUGAACUAUU